AUGGAGAGGGCAAAGGCUUCUCCAGGGGAGGAGUUGGGCUUGUCUGGCGCUGGCAGGAAUGCAGUCUGCAGAGGGUGUCCCGGCUGCCACAAGUUUCUGAUAAAGCAGUCCAGGCUCCAGUGGUGGAGUGAGGACAAGAAUGCCGGCGUGCCUGGCUGCUUUGGUGAAGCCAAGGAUUUAACGCACGCGCUCACCCUUCAUUUGGACCCCGGGGAUGCUGGGGCCAAGGGCAGCUUCCUUCGGGGCAUCUGCCUGUCUCCCUCCCACUCUGCGCUAGCCAGCCGCUACUUAGUGAGAAGCAGGGGCUGUGAUGGCCAGCCCAGCCACUUGGAGGUUUGCAGGGACCGAGAUCCCUGCAAAGACUGUAGCUAUCUUCUGACAGAGUUUGAAUGGCGGGUGAAGCCCAGUUCUGACAUGACAAACUCUGGGACCUGGACAGAAGGGGGAACCUCUGAAAUUGAUGGCAACAAUAAAAAUGGGGAACAAUUAAUGGGCCCAAUUCAUUGUCAUGAUGCCUUCCAUGCCUUUCAUCAAGAUCUCCAUUUUGUGCGCAAGUUCCUGAAGCCCCUGCUGAUCGGAGAACUGGCCCCAGAGGAGCCCAGCCAGGAUGGACCUCAGAAUACCCAGCUGAUCAAGGACUUCCGAACUCUGCGCCAGGCAGCUGAGGACAUGAAACUCUUUGAGGCCGAUCCUGUCUUCUUCGCUCUCCUGCUGGGCCACAUCUUGGCCAUGGAAGUGCUGGCCUGGCUUCUCAUCUACCUCCUGGGCCCUGGCUGGGUGUCUAGCACCUUUGCUGCUCUCAUCCUGGCUCUCUCCCAGGCCCAGAGCUGGUGUCUACAGCACGACUUGGGCCACGCCUCCAUCUUUAGAAAGUCCCGCUGGAACCAGGUGGCCCAGCAGUUUGUGAUGGGGCAGCUGAAGGGCUUCUCUGCGCACUGGUGGAAUUUCCGUCACUUCCAGCACCACGCCAAGCCCAACAUCUUGAACAAAGACCCAGAUGUGACCCUGGCGCCCGUCUUCCUUGUGGGGGAGUCAUCAGUGGAGUACGGCAAGAAGAAACGCAGAUACCUACCCUACAACCACCAGCACCUGUACUUCUUCCUGAUUGGACCCCCACUGCUCACCCUGGUGAACUUUGAAGUGGAAAACCUGGCAUAUAUGCUGGUGUGCAUGCAGUGGACGGACUUGCUCUGGGCCACCAGCUUCUACUCUCGUUUCUUCUUGUCCUACGUCCCUUUCUACGGUGUCUCUGGAGCGUUGCUUCUCUAUGUGGCUGUCAGGGUCCUGGAAAGCCACUGGUUCGUGUGGAUCACACAGAUGAACCACAUCCCCAAGGAGAUCGGCCAUGAGAAGCACCAGGACUGGGCCAGCUCUCAGCUGGCAGCCACCUGCAAUGUGGAGCCGUCGCUCUUUCUCGACUGGUUCAGCGGGCACCUCAACUACCAGAUUGAGCACCACCUCUUCCCUACCAUGCCAAGGCACAACUACCACAAAGUGGCCCCGCUGAUCAAGUCGCUGUGUGCCAAGCAUGGCCUGCAUUAUGAGGUGAAGCCCUUCUUCACCGCCCUGGUGGACAUCAUCAGGUCCCUGAAGAAGUCUGGUGAUGUCUGGUUGGAUGCCUAUCUCCACCAAUGAAGGCAGGACUCGCCCAGGUGGAGAAGUGGGGGAAGGGCCCCAGCCCCAGGACCAUCAAGCCACUCCAGGCAGGCUCUCCAGUGCCAUCCACACUCGCUCCUGGUCCUGCCUCUUCCCUCCUCAGCAGCCCAAUGGCCUUGGCUUUGCAGCGCCCUCAGGACCAGGGGUGGAGGGAGAGUACUUAAGGCCCUUCUGCGAAGUACAGCAUGUUUUCCUAGAUCAAGGAUUGGGGAAAACUGAUAUUUUUUAUAUAAAAAUCAACUCUAUAUAUUA